AUGCAGCGCCUCGCCUCCUCCCGGAGGCUCCUCCAGGCGGCGCUCGCCCCUGCCCGUGCCAACUCCAGCCUCUCCGCGGCCGCCGCCGCCGCCGCCGCCGUCCCCAAGAUGCCGGCAUUCGGCUACACGCCGCCGCCGUACGACGGGCCUCGCGCCGACGAGAUCUUCCGGAAGCGGGCUCAGUUCCUCAGCCCGUCCCUCUUCCACUUCUACGACCGCCCUUUGAACAUAGUCGAUGGAAAGAUGCAGUACCUAUUUGAUGAGGAUGGCCGUCGUUACCUGGACGCUUUUGGUGGCAUUGCAACAGUUUGUUGUGGGCACUGCCAUCCAGAUGUGGUUGAGGCCAUAGUAAACCAGGCAAAGCGGAUCCAGCACUCCACAGUUCUGUAUCUCAAUCAUGCUAUUGCAGAUUUUGCCGAGGCAUUGGUUUCCAAAAUGCCUGGUGAUCUGAAGGUUGUUUUCUUCACAAAUUCAGGCACGGAGGCGAAUGAGCUUGCACUGAUGAUUGCACGGCUUUAUACUGGUUGUAAUGACAUUAUCUCACUUAGGAAUGGAUACCAUGGGAAUGCUGCUGGAACAAUGGGUGCUACCGCUCAAUCCAAUUGGAAAUUCAAUGUUGUUCAGCUCAUAAUGUAUCCAGACGGAGUACACCAUGCGCUUAAUCCAGACCCCUACAGAGGUGCUUUUGGUUCUGACGGGGAGAAAUAUGCCAGAGAUGUUCAGGAAAUUAUUGAAUUUGGGACUACAGGGAGAGUUGGUGGUUUCAUUUCGGAAGCCAUACAGGGUAUUGGGAAUGGCAUACCCAUAGGAGCCGUCGUGACAACACCAGAGAUUGCUCAGGUGUUGACCCGCAGAAGUUACUUCAAUACCUUCGGUGGUAACCCUGUCAGCACUGCGGGCGGGCAUGCAGUGCUCAAAGUGCUGGAGAAGGAGAAGCUCCAGGAGAAUGCGUUUGUUGUGGGCUCCUAUCUAAAGGAACAGCUUAACAAACUGAAAGAGAAGCAUGAAAUCAUCGGUGAUGUUAGGGGCAAAGGCUUCCUUCUUGGAGUUGAGCUGGUGACAGACCGUGAAAAGAAAACCCCAGCCAAAGUUGAGAUCUCACAUGUCAUGAACCAUAUGAAAGAUAUGGGAGUGUUGGUUGGGAAGGGUGGUUUCUACGGGAACGUUUUUAGGAUAACACCACCGUUGUGCUUCACCAAAGAUGACUCCGACUUCUUCAUUGAGGUGAUGGACAUUGCGCUCUCGAAGCUGUGA